AUGGAGCGGGGUCCGUUCAGACGAGUGGCUAAGCUCUACAAGAACCCGCUCUACGUGACCGACGCCCAAGACCUGGCGACUCGUCGCAAGGCAGACAAAGCUGAGCGGCAGAGGCAAGCAGCACGUGCUGCGCGAUUCGGCGAAUCGAACGGCGAUGCGUUCAAGGAGGACGAUGACGCGGAGGAUGAUGUCGGAGUGGAUAACGCGCCCAAUGAAGCUGCUGAAGAGGCCACAGCUGUUCCUUUUGCCUAUGCGCCCACAGAGAGCUUGCAAGCUCCCACUACAGAUCGGCUCUCGACGUCUGAUGAUCUCAGAACGAGUGCACUCUCCCUGCGUUCAGACUCUUUCAAGACCGCUUCGACCGGUCUCAUCUUUGACUGGCUGAACGAACUUCUGCCUGCAUUGCCCUCAGGCAAACACCGAGGCGGCAAAGCGAUCGGUCUGGAAUGGAUCGCAGACGACGCCAUCAAUGUCGUCUUUGCGGACUCUACAGAGGCUGCCAACGCGCUCGUCAGGCUGACUGCCGGUCAAUCACCUGGCGCAAAUCAGGAGGAUGAGCUGCACGAGAUUCUCAAAUCGCUCGAGAGCGUCAGCGACAUGUAUGAAACGACGCCAGAAGAGGAGUUGGCCCUUUUGACGUCAUCUAGAUUGGCUCGACCGCUGCGCGCAAUGUCCACAGGAUCGACAACUGUGACAUCAGACGAGGCCAAGCUAGCAAGAGACAAACGUCUCGACUCAGCUGAUCAAGACGCAAUCGCUGUUGAUGCUCCCACGGGAACUGAUGAUGAUACUGCAAGUCCGCUGAAUCGAGCAGUGUUUGCUCGAUUCGCUACCCUGCACGAUGUCAAAGCGAAUGUCAACCGAAAAUCGGAAUGGCAUCGACGCGAAGGCAAUCGCGCGGGCAAAGACGGCUUUGCAACAGCUCAUGUCGUCGGGGACGAAAUCAUCGAGCAGGACGACGCUCCUCCGCCUGCCCGGGGUACUAUACUCGUUGCUCAAGAGACUUCCGAUGGCAGGAGGCCGAUAGCACGCUUGCCGAGACACUUUGUUGCGAGCGUCGAGCAAGCGUCUCGCAUGGACGCCGUCAUGGCCUCUUCCGAAUUUGGCAAGAGGAUUUCGACAGCACUCGAGAGCAGAGUCUACUACGAGCCGAUGGGCAGGACGAGUUCGCAACGUGUCACAAAGCAUAGUCUCGAUGAUGAGCUGGAUGCAUGGAAAGCUUCGCAGGGAGCGCCGGUCGGAGAAACGAAGCAGAGCAAGCGCAAACGGUCAGAUUCUCCAGAGGACGACAAACCGGAAGAUAUCGAGAUGCGGCCCAUGCGACCGCUGGCCCGACGCGUCAAAGUCAGUCUCGACGGCGGCGCGCUGGCGAAUCGUGUAGGACCAAUGGCGGCGCUGCUCAAAGCAAACGCAGCGAGACUGCCAAAAGCUCCCAAGAUGGAGGAUGUAGAGAGCGAGGCCAAGUAG